GGCAAACACAACCACACAUACACCAUAACCUUAAAAGGUUUAAAAAGUGUCAGAUAAAAUCUGAUAACCGCAGUGUGUGGUAUUUACAGACAUAUUGCCAGGUACCAGUCUGUACGUUUGAUAAGGGGCUUGACGACAGGUCAGCGACAAGGAAGUAAGAGGAUCAGUGACUGGGGAACAUGGCGGACUGUAGGUGUGUGCAGGUGUUUAUGUUCUGUGUCUUUACACAAAUAUUCAUUCGGUGUCUUGCCCAGAACACACACAUGAAAAAUGUUGCAGUAAACAAACCAUGUGGCAUAAGCACCAUGUACAACAACAAAAACAACUGCUCAGCAGCAUUAAACGGAAACACAAACACUUAUUACAAAGAAUUUCCACCCAACUGUAUCCACACCAUGGAGGACGACAUGUCACCUUUCUGGUGGGUGGACCUGGGAGAGAAGGUCAGCAUCACCAUGAUCACGAUCUACGGACGGACAAACUUUCUAGAUAGAAUGGCUUGUGAUAACGUAUCUGUCGAUGGAGCUCUCGUCGAAAGAUUCACAGAUGUGAGUGGUUGGACCAAUGAUACAUACACCAUCCCAGUGCUUCGUGGUGGGCGAGUGGUCAACAUCACUAAAGACUGCUACAGUGACGGACGUACGAUAAACAUCUGUGAGGUACAGGUGUGGGAAUGUCUUGAUGGUUGGUAUGGAACCGGCUGUUCACAUACCUGUGGAAACUGUAUCACUAAUUCUGAUUGCGACAAGACGACAGGCCAGUGUACAUCGUGUAAAACAGGAUUCAGCUUACCAAACUGUACAGAUUGUGAGAACGGUUGGUAUGGAAACAAUUGUGUUGAAACCUGUGGACAUUGCAUGGGAGGUAACUCUACCUGUAACAGGAUAAACGGAAGUUGUCCCUCCUGUGACGGGGCAUUCACACCACCUCUGUGUAAAGACAAUUGUGAGACAGGUUGGUAUGGACACAAUUGUGUUGAAACAUGUGGACAUUGCAUGGGAGGUAACUCUACCUGUGACAAGAUAAACGGAAGUUGUCCCUCUUGUGACGGGGCAUUCACACCACCUCUGUGUAAAGACUAUCUUUCCUCGAAGUUUCCGAUGACGACUUCAAACACUUCAUCUUCAAUUCAAGCGGGAAUGUCAUGUGACAAUGACAAAGAGACUGUCAGUGUGGCAGGUCCUGUGGCUGGCGCUGCUGUCGGCUGUUCUGUCGUCUUUUUUAUUGUUGGCGCUGUCUUUAGCUGGUGGUUAAGAAAAUCACGGUCUCAGCAACCGUCAGCUACGGGCUCCUCACCUUAUGAAAUCCCGAUAAUAAGUGACUCAGGAACCGCCAGGCCAACAUCUCGCCCAAACGAAAAGGUAGACACUACACCCGACUACACCAACAUCGGCUACACCACCAACGUCUACGAGGCACUCAAAGCCCCUGAUGACAACAACACAACACCUUACACGUCUCUUGACUUCCACACACAAUCUGAUGUCCACUGAUGAGAGAAACACAAAUGGAGAGUCCAUGACUCAUCAUCUGCAGUCCUUUUGUCCAGAUAUGGUGCUGUGACUCCGUAUACAUUUUGCAAUACCUAACCAAAAGAGUCAAAUUUUAACAAGACACACACUUUAUUAUUUACAACUAUUUUCUAACGAAUUUAAAAAAAAGAUCAUGGUACGACCAUUUUAAAGAAUGGCCAGAGAAUUAUUUCAUUCUGUAGUCCUAUUGAGGUGGAUAGUUCUUUUACGUUUUAGGUUUUCUUCCUGAGGUCAUUUGUUUAUAAUAUUAGUGCUCCACACUUCUUAAAGCAAUCUUUAUCCUCAUGUUGUACUUGCUAUUGCCUAUGACCAUUUUUAUCAACUAGUUUCAGCUUUGGAUUUGGCUACCGAUCUUCACCUACGGCCGUAACGGACAAACAUUUUGACUUAUCUGUGAUAAAGUAAAGCUGCUGUUGUUGUUGUUGCUGCUGAUGCUGCUGCUGCUGAUGAUGAUAAUGAUGAUGAUGAUGCCCUUUUCUUUUAAAAAAAGCAUUUUAAGCCUGGUUGUUAUGGUGGUGUAAAGCGCUAUAUAAAUCAACUCUUUUUUGUUGUUGUUGUUGUUGUUAUUAUUAUUAUUAAAAAUAGUGGGUAA